GCAGAGUGCAGAGGAUCUUUAGUCAAAAAUUCAGAAGCACCUCGGGACCCUCCCCUCCCCCCAAUAACUUUCUGAUCCUCGUUUCCCAAUCGCUAAACUCAUUAUCUAACUCCAAACUAUGAUUAUAUCAAAGCAAACCUAAUAUUCUCUAAUAUGAAUCCCGGCUGUAAAGCAAUUAACCCACAUUGGAUGCUAGAUACGCAUGAAGAUCCAUGCCCAUUUGCUUUCAUCCUCCAAUUCCUGUGAUCUUACCAACAGACACUAAAGUCACGGAAAUACAAACCAACCCACAAUGCCUUCAAGACCCCUAGCUCCGACUCCUAGCCCUCCGGGGUCAAGUUUCUUCACCCAAACCGGGGUUUUGUUCUUGAUUCUCACCAUCUCAGGCCCCGUAAUAAUAUUGCUAUCAAUCAUCUACUUUCUUUUUCAUGCUUGGCACUUCCUAAUUGUGCGCAGAACUAAAACCAUUCCCUUCGACUCCAGCGCUCCUCUCAAGCUGCAAAGAUUCUCGUACAGAGAGCUAAAGCAAGCCACCAAUGGCUUUUACACUGCCAAUAUCAUUGGUAAAGGCGGGUCGGGUACUGUGUUUAGAGGAACACUAAGAGAUGGAAAGCUCAUUGCUAUUAAGCGUUUGGACGUUCUUUCUUCGCAAACGGAGAGAGAGUUUCAGAAUGAGUUGCAGAUUCUUGGUGGCCUACGGUCAUCAUUCUUGGUCACGCUUUUGGGGUACUGCGAUGAAAAGAACAAGAGGGUGUUGGUGUAUGAGUAUAUACCCAACAACAGCCUGCAAGAAGCGCUUUUUGGAGAUGGGUAUUUGAGUUUGAGUUGGGAAAGGAGGUUUGACAUAAUCAUGGAUGUUGCUAAAGCUAUAGAAUUCUUGCAUCUCGGAUGUGAUCCACCGGUGAUUCAUGGGGAUAUUAAGCCCAGCAAUAUUUUGCUCGAUUCGGAGUACCGAGCAAGGAUUUCCGAUUUUGGGUUGUCAAGGGUUAAGUUGGAGGGUGAGUCGGGGGUGGAUUUGUUUAGCCAGGACUUGGGGAAGAGUCGGGAGCUGUGGAAGAGUCAAGAGCUUUCGGGGAAUUUGGCUGCAGAGACUCCAGCAAUCGGUACUCCGGUGGAGAGUGCUCCUGAGGUAGAUUUUGCUCUUGCUUUACAAGCCUCUACAUCAUCGAAAAAUGGUAGGAUAUCUUAUAAUGUUAGAGCUUUGAACAUUAAUUCCUCCACUUCUAAUGCUAACAUGGCAAGUGAGAAAGAUGUUAAGACUAGCAGCGUAAAGGGGAAGGAGCUUUCGGUCAUAGACAAUGGUGGGGAUGAUCGGAGCAACAGAUUUAUGCCUUACGAUGAUGAGUUUUCUAGCAUUGAUCACAGUAAGGAGCUGAGUUUUAAUGCUUCUUCGGCUGUUGUUGAGGAUGUGGAUACAAAACAGUGGGGAAAAAAUUGGUGGUGGAAUCAGGAUAGGAGUGGUGAAUCGGGCAGUAAGGAUUAUGUUAUGGAAUGGAUAGGGAGUCAGAUCUGCCCAUCGACAAAUCCUGAUUGGGUUGAAGAAAAGAAGAGUCCUUCUGAGCGAAAUAAUUUGGAUGAUUCAACUCCAUUAGAUAGGUUAGAAGAUCUAAAUGAACCCCAAUCACAAGAAGUCGGAUGUGAAAAUCUCGAUAAAGGGUUUCAGAAGAAAGGGUCAAGGGGCAAGACAAAUCGUAGGAAGGAACAAAGAAAGAUGCAAGAGUGGUGGAGAGAAGAGCAUCUUGCUGAGAUUAUCAAGAAGGGUAGUAAGCUUAGAAAGUUUGAAACCAAGUGGAGGAAAACUGGCUUCAAAAUGCCACAUUUUGGUCUUGGAAGAGGGUUUCGCUUUCGAAGAGGAAAGAACUUUGGGGAACAGUGUCAGAAUCAGUGUGAUAUAUUAAGUGGGGAGUUCAGUUUUAGAAAGGGAUGCAAGAAAAAGAGCACCCAGUCUAUUGGUAGUGACAAUAUGUGGAGUGGAGAUCUUUUCAGUCGUGAGCUCAGCAGUACCACAAGUAUGAGAGGAACUUUGUGCUAUGUGGCACCAGAAUAUGGUGGAUGUGAGUACUUAAUAGAGAAGGGUGAUAUCUACAGUCUAGUUCUGAUUCUUGUAAUUGUAUCUGGUCGAAGGCCAUUGCAUGUUCUUGCCUCCCCUAUGAAGAUUGAGAAAGCAAACUUAAUAAGCUGGUGUCGGCAAUUAGCUCAAGCUGGAAACGUCUUAGAACUUGUGGAUGAGAGGCUAAAACAUGAUUAUUAUAACAAGGACCAGGCAACCCUGUGUAUUAACCUGGCACUCGCUUGCUUACAGAAAUACCCAGAGCUGCGGCCGGAUAUCGGGGAAAUUGUCAACAUAUUGAAAGGGGAGAUGGAUCUCCCACCGCUUCCACCUGAGUUCUCACCCUCUCCGGCUUCCAAGUUAUACAGCAGGUCAAGGAGAAAAAAGAAAGGCAAUGCAGAGUAGCCUUUGGAUCACAAUGUUCAUUUUACCAAUUAUUACCGUGACAUAUUGGGGUACUCUGUGAAACAUACAGGAAACAGUUUCAGGGUAUUGAAGGUGUGCGUGCUCUGAGAAUUAUGUUUUUGUAUGUACAUUAGAUUAGUGAUUGUAUUUUUUUGCCACUUAAUGAAUGCAAAUAUUGAGGGCGCAAGUUUAUGUUUA